ACUGCGAUGGCAUCGACAUCCUUAGGCUCCCUGUAUUGGCACGCGUGCCAGUAUCUCCAGAAGGUGGGAAACGACUUGAAGGCUGACGCGCAGGUCAAGGAACUUUGCGCCCACUUGGACGUCUUCGAGAAAUGCCAGCGCUUCAACUCGAGGCGCAGCAACAAAUUCACGAUCAACGCCCUCGUCCAUACGGCCGAUGGAUUGAGGACAACCGACCGCGACCUCCAGCCGCAACGUAGGAAAGUCCUGCGGCAGAAGCGCGCGGCGCAAUUGAGAACGGAUGCCGAGACGAGUGACGCAGUGGAGGCGUUACUGAAGGCAUGCGACCCAGCUGAUGUCGAUCCCGACAACGGCCAGGUGCUCAAGCAUGGGGCUGGUCUAACCGCGGCAAUGCAUGCGUUUAUGGCCAAGCUCGGCGCGCUGCUCACGGCUGCAACCUAUGCCGAAGACAUGUCCAUCAUGUGCGGCUCGGGUGUCGAAGAGAAAUGCAACGUUGCCACAGCUGUGGCUGACACUUCCUCGCCGUGCAGGCUUACCCGUGCCUUCGCGGACGUCGCCAGGCCCUGCAGGGUGGCCUCUGCAGGGAUGGUUGAGGCGCGCCACGCGCUCCAGGUCAUCGAUCAGAAUCGCCGGGCCCUUGAGCCCCUGCUGGAUGACCUCGAUGACACCAUUGAUGUGGAUGGUUUGGGGGCCGACAGCUUCGUCGGCAUGACAUGCAUCCCGGAAGGCGAUGUCAACAAGCUGACGGCGUGCAAAGCCAUGCCGAGCCUUGCGCAGAAAGCCGCGUGCCAGUUCCCCCCGAGACCAGCAUUGGUGACAACGUGUGCCAAGUUGAAGUAUGAUAUAGAGUUGGCCCAUUUCAGCUCCACGAUCGACACCUGCAUCGCAGGAGCGACGGUUGCGAUGGGGCAGGGUACCGAGACGUUCGAUACAUCACUAGUGGAUCGCAUCGUGGCCGAUGCCGCCAAGUGCAACGGCCUGGGCACCAACGAGGCGGUGGCCAAGCUCAUUCCGCAUCUCGUGACUUUUCUCUUCCAGUUGCGCGCAGAGAGUAGCUUUGAGGAGGGCAUGGCCCACAAAGCCACCGAGUGCGCCAAGAAGCUCGGUGCACUGAUCGACGACGCAGCGCGCCCCAGCCACCUCUGGUCAGAUUUCCUCAAGCCAAUAAUCUUCAUGGGGGAACAGCUUGACAUGACGGGGCCCGCGCUGGAAGCCGCGUUUCAGAUCUUCGUCGACUUGCAGACCGCCACUGGGCAUGAGCAGACAUACUUCGCCCUGCUGAAGAGCAAAAGUGUUUUCACCGACCAGGUGACUGCUGUCAUUCCGCUGACCGAGGAAGGCGCAACGAGUGCAGCAGAGAUCCUUCGGGCGGCCACUGCAGUGAUUACGGCUACCUUCAUCGACCAUAUCCGUGACCUCACGGCAGAGCUGGAGCCCAAUGCAGGUGGCGUCGGCGACAGCACCCACUACGUGGACAAG